GCUAGGGAGACACAUAUCGCCUGCCUGCUGCCUGCAGCAUUUGUGCCUGAGCUCCAGGCUCUGCUGUCCCCUCCACUCCCUCCCCCCGCAUGCAGCUCUCCAUCAGAGGGAACGCUGACAUCCUCUCUCCCCUGACUGCCUCCACAGCUCCACAGCUCUGCGGUGCAGACGCUCACUCGCUCUCUCUGAGUGAGUUUUUUUCGUCUCCUCUGCCUGUUCUAGCUCUCAGGCUGUGGGAUUCAGUGGAUAAUCAGUGUGUCGGCGAGCAAGAGUGAGGGACUGAAGCAAAGAGAGAGAGAGAAAGCCUGGAUCAGGUGCAGCAGCCUUGACUUCGUCUGUCUCUUUCUGUUACUCUCUCUUUCAGUCUGUUUUCUGCCUGGCAGAUACAGAAGGGUAGACAUAACUCAUAAUCCAGCAAUUAGCCUUCCUUCACCCUCUUUCUCCUUCUCUGGGACUCAAUUCAAAGAAGGAGAGAAGAGGAGGGAGACACUCAUCGCAGGACUUUGCAGAGUGACAAGUCUUGUUUUUUUUUAUUUGCUCGCUCUGCGUCCUACUUCACCCUACCCCUCCCCUCUAUCCCACCCACACCCCUGCUUGCUCUAGCCAACACACACCCACACACCCAGAGUGCGUAUCCAGGGGCAGACAGACAGAUAAACAGACGGACGGACAGAUUGCCAGACAGACGCAGUAGGAUAUGGAGUCCAAAGGAAGCGGCAGGUUCUCUAUGUCCAGGUGUUUGAGCUCAGGAGACACCGUCCAUGCCAGUGUUGUCGUCACACUUCUGCUCGGGGUAUGGUGUGCUUCAGCGCUGGAGGUUUCAGUGGGGAAGGUGCCCUUCAUGGAGGCAAUGAAUGGCAGCACGGUGCUGUUACCAUGCACCUACUCCAGCUGCAUCGGCAUCAAGAACCUCUACUUUAACUGGCAAUACAACGACAACGGCACCUUUAUGAAGCUGUGUGAUGCAGUGAUCCCUGUAGAAGGUGUGGAACCACGGGUGCAGGUGUACCACGAGCGGAUAGUGUUUGUGGGCAGCAGUAAGCACAACAACAUCUCCAUCCUGCUGUUCAACGUGACCUUCGAGGACGAGGGAGAGUACACCUGUUUCGCCCGGAAUCCCAAGGAGAAGCAUCGCAACCAUAGCGCCAUCUUCACCCUGUUCGUGGUGGAUGAGUUGAAAGUGGUUGACAAUACCGUAACCACCAUCAUCGUGUCUGUCGUGGGCGGAGUCAUUGGCUUGAUCAUCGUUGUCAUGGUGACAAAGACUGUGGUGCUCCUCAUCCUAAAAAAGUCUGCAGAGAAGAACGCUGGGAUUCGAACCGACAGCUCUUCGGCUACCGCCUCCCCCCUUUGAAACUGUCAUGGAACAUUGUAAAGAGUGCCUUGUGAGCUCAGGACAGGACAACACAGACAAUGGACUCAACGCAGCCAAAGCGGACAACAAAGCCACACCAAAGGCAUGAAACAUAUACAGCUGUGUAUAUGUACAUAUAUGUCUGUAUACAUGUACACAUGCAAAUAUAUUGAACAGACAUAGAAAGAAAGCUAUUAUCAAUGGACUGUUUUAUCUUUAUCUAAUGACACAAGUAUAACAUGAACCAAUGUGAAAUCAUAUGUAUAUUUUAAAUUGUGCUUGAGAUUUGGGGAACGUGAUAGGUGAUCAGGGCUGGAUCAGACACUCCAAUGACACCUUAUAUAUUUUGUAUUCAGAUUGGGGUUUAUUGCAGUAUUUAUCUGAAUCAGCUCAAAGUCUAUUUACUGUUCAAACAUUUCUGGAAUCAACAUCGACGUCUCACCAAUUACUCAUUCAUGCACACUACGUAAAAACAGCAGAUUGACGUUUAUUGGGAUGAAUCUUGUCAUGGGGGCAGAGCUGAGCAUUUUCCGCUAGAUUUAAGGUUAGGGUUAGACAUAAGGUUAACAGUGUAAUUAUGGUCAGGGUUAAGGUUAGGUCUAAACCAGAGGAGGCUGGUGGGGGGAGCUAUAGGAGGACAGGCUCAUUGUAAUGGCUGGAAUGGAAUGAAUGGAAAGGAGUAAAACAUGGUUUCCAUAUAUUUAAUGUGUUUGAUACCUUGCCAUUUAUUCCAUUCCAGUCAUUACAAUGAGCCUGUCCUCCUAUAGCUCCUCCCACCAGCCUCCUCUGGUUUAAAAUCACAUUUUAAGACUUUGUGACCACCCUGCAGAACUGCCUCCAGGACAAGAUUCAUCCUAAUAAAUGCCAACCUGCAUAAAAACACAAACACACACAGUAACUCCCACACUGUCAAGUUUUACUAACUGCCAUUUUGUAUAUCUAUAACAGCUCAAUAUAUUCUGACCAUCUCUACAGCUCUUUUGAUUAAGAGCCAUGUUUAAGGUUGCCUACUGCCCAAUGGAGAUUCUUUAUACUCUCUGCAAACCUUUUACAGGGAGCAAACAGCUUCCCUCCUUUAACUAUAACGAACGUUUACAGUCCAUUUUUGAUGCAGAACAAAUUUCAUCCAGUAUCAAUUGUGCCUAUUCCAUAGGAUAUACAGUAACUGAAAGAUGUUUACCACAAUUAUCAACAAUACAGUUAUUGAGGUCAAGGCUCUUUAUUAGAUCUGCAUACUGAACACAAAUACUGUUCAGAAGCUUUGGAAGGCAAAGCAGUGGCCUGGUUAUGAGGACAAUGUCACGGCGGAGGAAAGGAAUGUGAUAAAGGAGAAGAGGAAGAUGGGAGUCAUUGGAGUGUAUGUUAGAUCCAGCCCAGAAAUGCUUUGAUUCAUUUUUGCAUUAGAUGAAACACAGGUGCCUGUUUUCACUUCCCACUCCCUUCGCUUUUAGGGAGUCUUAAAACCGCUGUGAAAAACACACAACAACAACAAAAAAAACACACAAAGAAAUGGAAAUAACAUGAAGAACAAGACCUAAACUAAAGACAAUUCCCAGAAACCCAUUUCCCUAUAAAAAUGAAUUCAAGUUUAUGACGCUGCUUCUAACAAA